GUCGCUGUCGUCGCUGCGGAAUCGCUGCAGGGAAGAUGUCGGGUCGCGGGAAGCAGGGCGGCAAGGCGCGGGCCAAGGCCAAGUCGCGCUCGUCGCGGGCCGGGCUGCAGUUCCCCGUGGGCCGCGUGCACCGGCUGCUGCGCAAGGGCAACUACGCGGAGCGCGUGGGCGCGGGCGCGCCGGUGUACCUGGCGGCCGUGCUGGAGUACCUGACGGCCGAGAUCCUGGAGCUGGCGGGCAACGCGGCCCGCGACAACAAGAAGACGCGCAUCAUCCCCCGCCACCUGCAGCUCGCCAUCCGCAACGACGAGGAGCUCAACAAGCUGCUGGGCAAGGUGACGAUCGCGCAGGGCGGCGUGCUGCCCAACAUCCAGGCCGUGCUGCUGCCCAAGAAGACCGACAGCCAUAAGGUGAAAGCCAAGUAAAUGCUCAGUGAGGCUCAUCACCAAACAAAGGCUCUUUUCAGAGCCGCCCACAUUCCCCUUAAAGUGCUGAGUCACUGCAUUUUGGUUUUUCAGUCGGAGAAGACCGGAAUACGUAACUUGUCUUUUCUUCAAGUCUCUAAUUCUGCUUUUCUUCGUUUCUGUUUCUUUAAAGAGAUUGUCUGAAAGGCGGUUGGUUUUUUCUCAAAGAACCCAUGUUUUUGUCCCCGAGGUGAAUUUCCGUCGCUUAUGCCUCUUUAGAAUUACUUAAAUGAUGUAUUGACUUUUUCAGUUUUAACAGUGGGAAGUGUGGGUUUUUUAGUGGCGGAAAUAUCCCGUGCUCUGGCCCGCCCGCUCCGAGUUUGUUGUGCUUUGUUAAGUACGUGUUAGGAGACAUCAAUAAAGUCUUAGCAGUCUGGA